ACCGGGGGAUUCCCUCUGGAAAAUUGCAGAGACGUAUUUGAAAAGGAAAGUUCGAUUUAGUAUUUUUCCAGGUAUUUAUUCAAUCGUUACGAGAUCUGAGAUGUUGUGGGAAUUUACCAAUUUUUUUCUACAUUGUUAGAUAUAAAUUCCAUUCGCGAUUGAACUAGCUUUCACUUUAGUAAACGAUCGGGUACAUGUAAUACUAUAAAUUCUAGUUGAAAUAAUUAGAAGUAAGGAGUUGUCUAGUUUCCCGAUCAAUUGUUGGACUAUGGAUAAUAGUCAGCCAAGAGAAGAAUGCGAUGAAGUUGGUCAAGGCGACUCGCAUAUCGACAAGUUUCAACUGCAGAGGGAAAUAUUAACUGUAUGCUCAACAGUUUUCAUCGACAAAAUACAACCAGUUGAACUCUGUGUUCAUCUGUCUGAUAUCAUCGGUAAAGCUGAAGAAGAUAAAAUAAAAGCUGCUACAGAUGAGAAAGGACCACGGAAAGGAGCAGAGCUCUUGCUGAGUUUUGUUUUAGAAAGUACGGAUCCUGGCUGGUUCACAGUGUUUGUUAAUGGACUGAGGGAAACUGGUAGUGAAACCGCACUAGGAAUAUUAGAAGACUUCAAAGCACUGAGUGAUUUUUCCCAACAUGUAGAUGGGAUGAAAUAUGAUCUUAACUCUGUGCGCUUUGAGGACUUGCAUGAGAAGCAUUUACGUGUAUUUAGACCUCAUAUCAUAGAGUACCUGGAACCAAUCCAGUUACUUCCACAUCUGAUCCAGAGAGGUGUGUUGUCUGACAGCACUGUAGACAGGAUCAGAGCAGAGACACGGAACAAAGGCAGGUUUUAUGGCAGCUUGAUGCUACUCAGACACUUGCCCACUCUCAAGAAUACCUGGUACACUGACUUCCUGUAUUCUCUCUGGGACAGUGGAAAUCAAAAAGAUAAAGAACUGGUGCAGCUGAUAGAUCCAGAUUUCAAUCCAGAUUGGAAGCAGUACCAGACCAGCCAGAAGAGGACAGUCACCAAGGAGAUUGCUGGGGACACUAUUGAUGCUGUACCUCCUAAAUGGAGGAAAUACGGCAGUGCUGAUGAAGGCAGAAAUAUCACAGGUGCAGAAGUUGAACAAGUGUCUCUCAAGUUGAGUGAUUUGAACAUAACAGAUGAACUUAGUCUGCGUAAUUAUCAGCAUGAGUUAGCAGAGCCUGCCCUGAGAGGGCAGAAUUGUAUCAUUGUGGCCCCCACAGGAAGUGGUAAAACUAGGGUAGCAGCACACAUUGUGGCAGAACACUUGAAACAAGGAGCUGAUAGAAAAGUGGUGUUUAUGGCUUGUAAAGUUCCACUGGUUGAACAGCAGUACCAACUAUUCUGUCAACUAUUUGAAAAAUAUGAAUUGAGGGUGCUGAAAGUGUGUGGAGAUGAUGAGUCAAAUAAAUUUCUGCACCAGCUGAUUUCUGAGUUUGACAUCAUUGUGUUGACCCCGCAGAUCUUGGAAAACCACUUGCUAGAAAACACCAUCUCUUCUCUGGACGUGUUCUCCUUGCUGAUCUUUGAUGAAUGCCAUCACACCCAGAAAGGCAAUCCUUACAAUGCUAUCAUGUCCAGAUAUAUAAGACAGAAACACAGGGACAAAAUGGUGAAGUUGCCCCAGAUUGUAGGUAUGACUGCUUCAUUAGGAGUUGGAGAUGCUAAGACGGAUUAUGAAGCAGAGAGCCAUAUCUUACAUCUAUGUGCUAACCUAGACAGCCGCUGUAUAGCCACAGUGGAAAGGUAUAGAGAUGAACUGGACCAGUACGUCAACACGCCAAAUGAAGAAUUCCAGCCUUUACCAAACCGUCAGGAAGACCCCUUCAGAGUCAAAAUCAUUGCCAUUAUGAAGAGAAUAGAGAGCAUCAUUAAACAGUCUCCAAUCUGUUAUGACCUGCUGAGCAGUGGUAAUAAGGCCUUAACCAAAGCUCCCAAUGAGCGUGACAGCCAGCAAUACCACCAGUGGGCGACACAGCUGGGCAAGAUAGCCCCAACAGUGAGUCAAAAUCCAGAGCUGACCCGCACCAUUGUUACCUGCACAGAUUAUCUCCAGGGAUAUAAUGUAGCCCUGGGGGUGAACAGAAAUGCCAGGACCUCGGAUGCUGUGGAGUACUUAGUACAGAAGUUAUCACCUUACAGCACCAGACAGCAUAUACAAACUGCAUUGGAAAAAGAGCUGUUCCAAAUGUUUGAAGAUGUGCGUCCGGAAAUUAGCAGACUGGCUGAGGAUCGCAGGUAUCAAAACCCAAGACUUCUCCAGCUUCAGCAGCGUAUUGAAGACAACACCAGGGCUCCACAUUCCCGGGGCAUCAUCUUUGUGACCACUUUAGCCAUAGUGCAGGCACUGUAUGACUGGCUGACAGAACUGGACCUCGCGGAAAUUGUCAGACCAGAGAAGUUUACGGGGGCACGGGCCUCAGAAGAACAAGGAGGGAUGACUCAACAUGAGCAAGAAAACAUUCUGGCCAAAUUUAGAACGGGAGAAUGUCGUCUUCUGAUUGCAACAACAGUGGCUGAAGAAGGUCUGGAUAUUCCUGAGUGCAACUUUGUCAUAUUAUACAACCAUAUUGGAAAUGAAAUCAGCACAGUUCAAACAAGAGGAAGAAACCGAGCAAAGGAUGCUACCUCUUACGUAAUGGCAGAGGAUCGUUUUCAGUUAAAGGCGGCUCUCAACUGUCAGAAGGAAAAAAUGAUGAAUAAAGCGGUAGCCGUGAUGAAAAGGAAACUGGAAAGAGAAGAUGUGUCGCAGCAAAUAAUGACUUUUCAGAGAGAGGAAAUAAAAAAGAUGGACAUAGAAGCUAUUAAGCGUCAGAAAAAAUUAGCUAAAAAAUCAUCUGAGGAAUUCCAUCUUGUUUGUCGCAAAUGUCAAACAUUUGCAGUGAGUACUGCAAGUCUGAGAAAAAUCAAAGAGAGCCACCAUGUUGUGUUAGAUGAAGAUUUUCAGAAUAAGAUCCAGCUCAAAGAUCCAAAGAAGGUCAUUCACAUUGAUGGCAUGGAAUUGCAGAAGAAGAUUGUUUGCGCUGAAUGUCCAAGUUUAGAAUGGGGAACCCUGGCCCUCUAUGAGGGUGAGAUGUACUAUGUCAUUGCUAUCAAAGCAUUCAAUGUGAAGACUGUGGAUGGACAGUAUUACAAGCCAUGUCAAUUCAAACACUGGAUAGAUGCACCUUUUAAGGUGGAGCCACUUGAUGCCAUGGUGGAGUGCGGUAAACCUCAGAAUAUCUAAACAAUAGAGAUAUUCACUUGAUGCCAUCGUGGACUUACUUACAGAGCUACAGAAUAUAAGUAGUUCUUCCGUGUAGCUGACACUAACUAGGCAGAGAAGAAUUAGCAAGCAAUUUAGCUGUAAACCAGUCAGUGUGUGAUGAUGAAAGUUUGAGUGGUGUGUCACAGCUUGAAGCCUUUUUUUGCACAUGUAGGAGAGCUUAUACUUGAAAAAAGACAAAUGAAUAUAUUAAAAUAACUUCUGUCAACAUAAAACACUUAAGGCUGUACGCACUCAAACCUACUUGUCGUCAUUCACUGUGGACAAUUAAGAAAAUUACAACUUUGAUAAUUUGAGAUGCAAGCUUUUUUGAUGUGUUUGUUUGCAAACUGUGUGUACUAUAGUUUUAACAAAUAGAUUUUGUCCUAUUUAAUCUUUCUGACUUGGUGAGGUUGUGUGUUGACAUCUGUUAAUGUGAAGAAGUACAAGUCAAGAAGUAAAUCACUGACGAAGUUAAUCACAUCAUUUUCAAGCUUAACUGACUUGAUGUAGCAUUAACAAUUAGUGAAAUAAUUAAGUGUCCUAUUUGUGCAUUAUUCAAGUAUGGUUGGAAAGAAUGGUGUCUGUUUGUCUUGAUCCCUGCUGCACUAGAAAUCAUAAGUUAAACCUUUUUGUUAAAAUACAAUGCAUGACAAUUGAUGUGUCGAUAGCAUUGUGUAAAUGAAAAAAAAAAACAUUUAUUUUUUUAAUUUUAACUUAUAUCAUAAUAUGAAAUCAUAGUUUUAAAAGAGUUAUGUUGCAAGGCAACAUCUCUACAAUUCUGAGAGGAAAAAAAAGCUUUUUUGAUUUUGAUACACUUUGAUUCAAUAUAUUUUACUUUUUACUACCACAUGGUGGUGUAUUUUUAUGUGUAAACAUUUCAACCCAAUAGCUUUUGUAAUAUCACUGUAGCAUUGAUACAAGUAAAUAAUUUUAAAAUUUUCUUUGUUUGUACCAAAAUGUAAGGCUGGAACUAAAUGUGUUUGAGUGUGAGCAGUUUUUAUUUAAAGAUAUGGUCUAUCAUAUUUUGUUAACUUUUAAAAACUGGUCUUUUCACACUCCUUUAAUUUACGCUCCCUAAUUAACCUAGUAACAGGUUGAGUGUGCAUCACGUACGUCAGACUUAGACUGGGUUCCCAUAGAUUUAGAUCGAUCUAUCCCGAUUGACCUAACUCCUUGGGGGUUCACG